AUGCUAUAUGAUGAGCAUAUGCCCCGAUCGUUGCAAGAUGCACACGCCUCCUGUGCUCUCUACAAUGCUAGGAAUGACAUUAACACCGACUUUGUGGCACGCCACAUUAUGAGCCGUGUUGAUGAGCUCAUAGCAGUGCCUUUGCCGACAGAUGCAACCGAGAUACUGGCUCAAGCGCAUGCUCUAAUGUUGUAUCAAAUCAUGCUUGUCUUUGGUGGCGAUGUGCAACACUACAGCCACGCCGAGGUUCUUGUGCCUCUUCUCGAAGCAGUCGACAACUUGUUGCUCCAUCUCAGCACUCAGCAGACUGACCCUAUCAACGAGCUGUCUCUGUACCCAAGCGCAGCUAUGCGCGCCGUGUGGAAGUCGUUCGUAUUUCGGGAGACCUUGCGCCGCACUAUCUUGUCGCUCUUCCAGUUCCUGGCUUUGUGCCGUCUGCUGCGUGGACAAUUUGGCUCUUGUACAAAUGAACUUUCGCAUGGCAACAAGGUGACACUUUCAGCACAUCUUUGGAGUGCAACCACCGCCUUUGAUAAUGCAGUAGCUUGGAAUGAAAAGAAGCAUUUCCUAGUCCACGAUCUGGAUUUCACGGAUGUCCUGCGGGAUGCUCGGCCAGACGACAUCGACAGCUUUGGGAGGACAAUGCUUGUAGGGCUUCAGGGCAUCGACGAUUUCAAGGGUUGGUUCUACACGAGGGGUGGCACCUUUUGA